AUGGGUGUUUCAAGCUGUAUCGAAUCAAACGAAACAAGAGGAAGCAUGAAGCAAAAGUUGAAUUUACUGAGUCGCACUUUGUCGAAAUCAUGCAAAAGCGCUUCGUAUUGCUGCAGUCACGGAUCCGGAGUGGUCGAUUCUCCACAACCUAUUGAACGGGAAGGAAGAAGUCAGCCAUUUAUGAAUAGCAGAACCAUCGACUUUCUGGGAGUUGCUCAAGUCUCACAGAUGUUGGAAUCCCGUUUAAGUAUCGUCUACUUUCCAAGACAAGGCUGGUACGGUUUGACAGAAGAAUCCAUUGAUCCACAGAGAAAGAAUUUUGAAUUCUCUGACAUAUGA